AUCGCUCGCAGAUUAAUGAUCGCGUCUAGGUCUGAACCCCCUGCUCUCCACCACUAAAUCGGGAGCGUGAUAGGUUUGGCCGGGGAGGGGAAUGUAGGGGAAGAAACAAUCGCUAGUAUCUUAAGACUUGAUGCCCCUGUUGGAGAGAUGGUUGAGUCCUCAUCAAGGUUGCUGUGGUAUCCCAGAAACACCAUUCACUCUUAGCAGCGACCGCGCAACAACUCACUGCGCCUGGCCAAGGAGAAAAAGAGGGGAUCAGGAUCCACAGGAUAUUAUUAUGAAAGCGAUCUACAAAGGGGGGACCUGGAAUCCAGAGCCAGCUCACUUCUGCAAAAAGGGAUCUUCUAAAUGUGGACUUCUGGACUCCCCAUGUCUAAGGAAAAUGGGAAUUCAAAGUGGAUUAACAUUGUGCUACCUGUUUUUUAUACUGAUGGUUACAUGUGUGAAAGGAUUUAUAUAUACUUGUGGUGGAACGUUAAAAGGUUUGAAUGGAACUAUAGAAAGUCCAGGCUUCCCAUAUGGUUAUCCAAAUGGUGCAAACUGUACAUGGGUAAUAGUAGGAGAGGAACACAACAGAAUCCAGAUUGCCUUUCAAUCAUUCGCUCUGGAGGAAGAGUAUGAUUACUUAUCAUUGUAUGAUGGACAUCCUCACCCUACGAACUUUAGAACGAGGCUCACAGGAUUUCAUCUUCCAGCUCCUGUAAUGAGUACAGGAUCUGUAUUUUCUUUACGUUUGACAAGCGAUUUUGCAGUUAGUGCCCAUGGCUUCAAAAUAUACUACGAAGAAUUACGGAGUAGUUCCUGUGGAAAUCCAGGAGUCCCACCUAAAGGUGUUCUGUCUGGAACAAGGUUCGAUGUUGGUGAUAAAAUCCGCUACAGUUGUGUAACGGGGUAUAUUUUGGAUGGUCAUCCUCAACUCACCUGUAUCGCAAACUCUGCAACUACAGCAUCAUGGGAUUUUCCUGUACCUAUAUGCAGAGCUGAAGAUGCGUGUGGCGGAACAGUAAGGGGAUCCAGCGGAAUUAUUUCAAGUCCUGGGUUUCCGAAUGAGUAUCAUAAUAAUGCAGACUGCACGUGGACGGUAGUUACAGAGCCCGGAGACACGAUAUCUCUUAUUUUCACCGAUUUCCAGAUGGAGGAAAAAUAUGAUUACUUAGAAGUCGAAGGAGCUGAACCACAAAAAAUAUGGUUAUCUGGAAUGAAUGUGCCACCUCCAAUAAUAAGCAACAAGCAUUGGCUAAGAUUACAUUUUGUAACAGAUAACAACCAUCGAUACAGAGGAUUCAGUGCACAGUAUCAAGGUUCCACUUUGACCAAAGCUACUUCCACCGGUGAGUUGGAGGAGCAUAUUGAAGCUACUCCUCGUGCUGUAACCCUUUCAGUCACUUCUGCUGAUAUUACUGCAUCGUGUUUAACUGCUACCCCCAACACAAGCAUUUCUGAAGAGUUCUCUGUGAAAGCUGUAGAACACGUCUUGGAACCAAGCACAUCCAAGGACCUGGAGUCUUCUCCAACGGCACAAACACAAAGUUCUCGAAGGCGGCCAAGAAACUCUGUACAGAUAGAAAGAACUAAAGAGCUUGCAGGUGUUACUCAUAGAGUGAAAAAGUCCAUAGAUUUUAAAUCUAGAGGAUUUAAAUUGUUCCCAGGGAAAGACCUCAGCAGCAAGUUUUCUAUCUUAAAUGAAGGAGGCAUUAAACAAGCGUCAAAUAUGUGUCCUGAUCCAGGAGAACCAGAAAACGGAAAAAGAAUAGGCUCUGAUUUUAGUCUUGGUGCCACAGUGCUCUUCUCCUGUGAUGAAGAUUACGUUCUUCAAGGGGAAAAAAGUAUCACUUGCCAAAGGAUUGCUGAUGUUUUCGCAGCCUGGAGUGAUCAUAGACCAGUGUGCAAAGUGAAGACUUGUGGUUCUAAUCUCCAAGGUCCAAGUGGCACAUUCACGUCUCCUAAUUUUCCAUUUCAAUAUGACAGUAAUGCCCAGUGCGUUUGGGUCAUAACUGCCGAAAACCCCAACAAGGUUAUUCAAAUAAAUUUUGAAGAAUUUGACUUGGAGAUAGGAUAUGACACUCUAACAAUUGGCGAUGGUGGGGAGGUCGGUGAUCCUAAAACAGUUUUGCAAGAGUUAACUGGAAGCUUUGUACCAGAUUUAAUUGUGAGCUUGAAUAAUCAGAUGUGGUUGCACCUCCAGACCGAUGAAAGCAUUGGGUCAAUAGGAUUCAAGGUCAAUUACAAGGAAAUUGAAAAGGAAAGCUGCGGUGACCCAGGAACACCUUUGUACGGCAUGCGAGAAGGAGAUGGAUUUUCUAAUGGAGACAUUCUGAGAUUUGAAUGCCAGUUUGGAUUUGAACUUAUCGGACAGAAAUCAAUUGCUUGUAAAGAAAACAAUCAAUGGUCUGCAAACAUACCAAUCUGCAUUUUUCCUUGUCUAUCUAAUUUCACUGCACCAAUGGGAACAGUGCUCUCUCCUGACUACCCAGAAGGCUAUGGAAAUAAUUUGAACUGCAUUUGGACCAUAAUAUCUGAUCCAGGCAGUCGAAUACACCUUUCAUUUAAUGAUUUUGAUCUUGAAACUCAAUUUGAUUUUCUGGCUAUUAAAGAUGGGGAUUCGUUGGAUUCCCCAUUAUUAGGAACGUUCACAGGAGCCGAAGUCCCGUCUCAUCUCACCAGCAACAAUCAUAUAUUACGGCUGGAAUUUCAAGCGGAUCAUUCAAUGUCUGGACGUGGAUUUAAUAUCACAUACAGCACCUUUGGACAUAAUGAGUGUCCUGACCCUGGAGUUCCAAUAAACGCUCGACGCUUUGGUGACAACUUUCAAUUGGGAAGCUCAGUUUCUGUUGUUUGCGAGGAUGGCUUUAUUAAAACGCAAGGAACUGAAACCAUCACUUGUAUCCUGAUGGAUGGGAAAGUCAUGUGGAGUGGCCCGAUACCAAAAUGCGAAGCCCCAUGUGGUGGUCACUUUUCUUCUCCAAGUGGAGUAAUUCUUUCGCCUGGGUGGCCUGGAUACUACAAAGACUCACUGAAUUGUGAAUGGGUCAUUGAAGCUGAACCUGGACGCUCAAUCAAGAUUACAUUUGAAAGGUUCCAAACAGAACUUAAUUAUGAUGUCCUGGAGGUACAUGAUGGACCGAAUUUGCUCUCACCACUAUUGGGAUCUUACAAUGGCACCCAAGUCCCACAGUUUAUUUUCAGCAGCGUGAAUUAUCUUUACCUUCUCUUCACUACAGACAACAGUCGAUCCAACAACGGUUUUAAAAUCCAUUAUGAGAGUGUAACUGUAGACACGCAUUCUUGUUUAGAUCCAGGAAUUCCCGUGCACGGUCACCGCUACGGCUCGGAUUUUUCUAUUGGUUUUGCUGUUUCUUUUGGAUGCCAACCAGGCUACACUCUGAGCCACGAAGAGCCCUUGACAUGCGAGAAAAAUCAUUGGUGGAGCCAUCCGCUGCCCAGCUGUGAGGCUUUAUGUGGUGGUGAUAUUAGAGGUCCAAGUGGUACCAUCUUAUCUCCUGGUUACCCUGAGAUCUACCCAAACUCCUUGAAUUGUACGUGGACAAUAGAAGUAACUCAUGGAAAAGGAGUACAGUUCACCUUUCACACAUUUCAUCUAGAAGAUCUUCAUGACUACCUACUAAUCACAGAAAAUGGUAGUUUUACUCAGCCCCUGGCACGAUUGACUGGCUCCGAGCUCCCUACAGCAAUCAACGCCGGUCUCUAUGGAAAUUUCAGAGCUCAGCUGCGUUUUAUUUCAGAUUUCUCAAUAUCAUAUGAAGGAUUCAACAUUACAUUUUCUGAAUACAAUCUAGAACCCUGUGAAGAUCCUGGAGUUCCCCAGUAUGGGAAACGUCUUGGACAUAACUUUGGAGUAGGAGACACCAUCGCAUUCUCUUGUUCAUCUGGAUAUCGGUUGGAAGGGUUGUCGGAAAUCAUCUGUCUUGGCGGUGGACGUCGUGUGUGGAGUGCACCUCUGCCAAGGUGUGUGGCUGAAUGUGGAGCGUCUGCAACAAAUAAUGAAGGAAUUCUGCUGUCUCCGAAAUACCCACUGAACUAUGAAAAUAACCAUGAAUGUAUUUACAGCAUCCAAGUUCAAGCAGGGAAAGGAAUCAAUAUUUCAGCCAGAACAUUUCACUUAGCACAGGGAGAUGUUCUUAAAAUAUACGAUGGAAAGGACAACACAGCCCAUUUACUAGGAGCCUUCACUGGGUCCUCACUAAGAGGGCUGACCCUUAGCAGCACAUCAAACCAUUUGUGGUUGGAAUUUAACUCUGACUCGGAAGUCAACGAUGAAGGUUUCCAAUUAGUAUAUACAAGUUUUGAACUAUCACACUGUGAAGAUCCUGGGGUCCCUCAAUUCGGAUAUAAGAUCAGUGACCAGGGACAUUUUGCUGGCAGCACCAUCAUCUAUGGAUGCAAUCCAGGUUACACUAUCCAUGGAAGUAGCCUUCUUAAGUGCAUGACCGGUGAAAGAAGGGCUUGGGACUACCCUCUGCCAUCAUGUAUUGCUGAAUGUGGUGGUCGUUUCAAAGGAGAAUCAUCUGGGAGAAUAUUGUCACCUGGAUACCCCUUUCCAUAUGACAAUAAUCUACGUUGCACAUGGAUCAUCGAGGUGGAACUUGGCAAUAUCGUAAGCCUUCAAUUUCUUGCAUUCGAUACAGAAGCAUCACACGACAUUCUACGGGUCUGGGAUGGACCACUUAACAAUGAAAUGCUGCUGAAAGAAAUCAGCGGAUCUCUUAUCCCCGAAGGAAUUCACAGCACUCUUAACGUGGUUACGAUUCAAUUUGAUACGGAUUAUUACAUAAGCAAGUCAGGAUUUGCAAUUCAGUUUUCAAGCUCUGUUGCCACAGCGUGCCGGGAUCCUGGAGUUCCUAUGAACGGCACUCGGAACGGAGAUGGUCGAGAGCCAGGGGACACGGUCAUCUUUCAGUGUGAUCUUGGCUAUGAGUUAGAAGGGGAAGAAAGAAUAACUUGCAUUCAAGUAGAAAAUCGGUACUUUUGGCAGCCAAGUCCGCCAUCAUGUAUAGCUCCAUGUGGUGGUAAUCUAACUGGCUCUGCUGGCUUUAUACUGUCUCCGAACUUCCCUCACCCAUACCCUCACAGCAAAGACUGCGAUUGGACUAUUACCGUCAAUCCGGAUUAUGUUAUUUCCUUGGCAUUCAUCAGUUUCGGCAUCGAGCCAAACUAUGAUUUUCUUUAUAUAUAUGACGGCCCGGAUGGUAGUAGUCCUCUCAUCGGAAGCUUUCAAGACAGUAAAUUACCAGAGAGGAUAGAAAGCAGUUCCAACAAUAUGCAUUUGGCCUUUCGAAGUGACGGAUCUGUUAGUUUUACAGGUUUUCACUUAGAAUACAAAGCUAAACUAAGAGAAUCUUGUUUUGAUCCGGGGAAUAUAAUGAAUGGCACUAGACUUGGAAUGGAUUACAAGCUUGGAUCAACAGUCACAUAUUAUUGCGAUGCUGGUUAUGUUCUACAAGGAUAUUCCACGCUUACAUGUAUCAUGGGCGAUGACGGAAGACCUGGUUGGAACAGAGUGUUACCCAGUUGCCAUGCUCCGUGUGGAAGCCGCUCUACUGGCUCAGAAGGCACCGUUUUAUCACCAAACUAUCCGAAAAACUAUAGUGUGGGACAUAACUGUGUGUAUUCUGUGGCUGUCCCAAAGGAGUUUGUGGUUUUUGGCCAGUUUGUGUUUUUCCAGACAUCUCUUCAUGAUGUAGUUGAGGUAUAUGAUGGAGCCACUCAUCAGUCGUCUCUCUUGUCAUCUCUCUCAGGAUCUCAUUCAGGGGAAACGCUUCCACUAAGUUCUGGUAACCAGAUAAUAAUUAAAUUUACUUCUAUUGGACCUAUGACAUCGAAAGGAUUUCACUUUGCCUAUCAAGCUGUUCCACGAACUAGUUCCACUCAAUGUAGUUCAGUUCCAGAACCUCGCUUUGGAAAAAGAAUUGGGAAUGACUUUGCUGUUGGGUCUAUGAUCCUCUUUGAAUGUAAUCCUGGAUAUAUCCUACAAGGGUCAAUAGCCAUUAGAUGUGAGACUGUACCUAAUGCCCUGGCCCAAUGGAAUGAUACUCUCCCAACAUGUAUUGUACCCUGUGGUGGAAUUUUAACAAAGCGCAAAGGGACCAUCCUGUCUCCUGGUUACCCCGAGCCAUAUGACAAUAAUUUGAACUGUAUAUGGAAAAUAACCGUCCCGGAGGGAGCAGGCAUUCAGGUACAAGUUAUCAGUUUUGCUACUGAACAUAACUGGGACUCUCUGGAUUUUUAUGAUGGAACUGACAACAAUGCUCCAAGACUUGGCAGUUAUUCAGGAACCACUAUCCCCCCUCUUCUUAAUAGCACAUCGAACAACCUUUACUUAAACUUCCAAUCAGAUAUAAGUGUUUCUGCGGCUGGAUUCCAUCUUGAAUAUACAGCUAUUGGCCUAGACUCUUGUCCAGAACCAGUAAUGCCAAGCAACGGAGUAAAAGUUGGAGACAGAUAUAUGGUUGGUGAUGUGGUAUCUUUUCACUGUGACCAAGGAUACUCUCUCCAGGGGCAUUCCCAUAUCACAUGCAUGCCUGGUCCUGUAAGAAGAUGGAAUUAUCCUAUUCCUAUCUGCAUUGCACAGUGCGGUGGAUCUAUGUUUGACUUCAGUGGUGUCAUUCUGAGUCCUGGAUUUCCUGGAAACUAUCCAAGUAGUCUGGAUUGCACAUGGACUAUAAAACUUCCCAUUGGGUUUGGUGUACAUCUGCAGUUUGUAAAUUUUUCCACUGAAACAAUUCAUGACUAUUUGGAAGUAAGAAGUGGUUCUGCCGAGACUGGUUCUGUUAUCGGCAAGUUAAGCGGUCCUCAAAUCCCUGCUUCAUUAUUCAGCACAACUCAUGAAACCAGUUUGUAUUUCCACAGUGAUUAUUCACAGAACAAGCAAGGAUUCCACAUUAUUUAUCAAGCAUACCAAUUACAAAGUUGUCCUGACCCCCGCCCAUUUCGGAAUGGGUUUGUUAUCGGAAAUGACUUUACGGUCGGACAUACCAUUUCAUUUGAAUGCUUUGCCGGUUACACCUUAAUUGGGGAAUCCGCACUAACAUGUCUACACGGAGUGAGUCGGAACUGGAACCAUCCUUUGCCACGCUGUGAUGCUCUUUGUGGAGGGAACAUAACGGCAAUGAAUGGCACAAUUUACUCUCCUGGAUAUCCCGAUGAGUACCCAAACUUUCAAGAUUGCCUUUGGCUUGUGAGGGUCGCACCUGGAAAUGGAAUUUACAUCAAUUUUACCGUCCUUCAAACAGAACCUAUCUAUGAUUUCAUUACUGUAUGGGAUGGCCCAGACCAAAGUUCCCCUCAAAUCGGACAGUUCAGCGGUAACACCGCUCUUGAAUCGGUUUACAGCACUUCAAACCAGGUCUUGAUAAAAUUCCACAGCGAUUUUACUACAAGCGGUUUCUUUGUACUCAGUUAUCAUGCUUACCAGUUGCGGAUCUGCCAACCACCUCCAGCCGUACCAAACUCAGAAAUUUUGGCUGAAGAUGAUGAGUUUGAAAUAGGGGACAUAAUAAGGUAUCAGUGUUUACCUGGAUUCACCUUAGUUGGAAAUGAAAUUCUAACCUGCAGAUUGGGUGAACGUCUUCAGAUGGAUGGAUCACCACCGUCAUGUCAAGUUCUAUGUCCGGCCAACGAGAUGCGUCUGGAUUCUACUGGUGUCAUCUUGAGUCCAGGUUACCCCGAUAGUUAUCCAAACCUCCAGAUGUGUGCGUGGACUAUUAGUGUGGAAAAGGGAUACAAUAUCACUUUGAUUUUUGAAUUCUUCCAUAGCGAAAAAGAGUAUGACCUGCUGGAAGCUUUUGAUGGACCAAAUAAUCACUACCCACUGCUUAUUUCAUUAAGCGGAGAUUAUUCAUCAACAUUUAAUAUAACCAGCAGUGGGCAUGAAGUUUUUAUACGUUGGUCUGCUGAUCAUGGAACAAACAAGAGAGGAUUCCGGAUACGAUAUAUAGCUCAUUAUUGCAGCACUCCGGAAUCACCACCUCAUGGCUUCAUUGUAAGUCAAACAGGUGGACAACUGAAUAGUAUGGUUCGCUGGGCAUGUGAUCGAGGAUUCAGGCUCAUAGGAAAAGGCACGGCUGUGUGCAAAAAGACACCAUAUGGAUACUAUGCCUGGGAUGCACCAGUACCAGCAUGUCAAGCAAUUUCAUGUGGAAUUCCCAAAGCACCAUUAAAUGGAGGAAUAUUAGCUACCGAUUACUUAGUGGGAACAAGUGUCACUUAUUUCUGUAAUGAUGGCUUUAAGUUAUCAUCUAAAGAGCUUACCACAGCAGUAUGCCAGCCAGAUGGCACAUGGAGCAAUCAUAAUAAAACCCCUCGGUGUGUAGUCGUCACAUGUGCGAGCAUAAAUUCUUUCACCUUGGAACAUGGAAGGUGGCGUAUUGUAAAUGGAUCCCAUUAUGAGUACAAAACAAAAGUUGUUUUCAGCUGCGAUCCUGGAUAUUUUCGUCUUGGACCUGCAUCUAUUCGGUGUCUUGCCAACGGAACAUGGAGCUGGAGAAAUGAAAGGCCUCACUGCCAAAUCACUUCCUGUGGAGAGCUUCCCGUGCCACCAAAUGGAAACAAAAUUGGAACUCAGACAACAUUUGGAUCAACGGCGAUAUUUACCUGUGAUACAGGAUAUGUGCUAGUAGGCUCUUCUGUGAGAGAGUGCUUAUCGUCUGGACUUUGGAGUGGAUCUGAAACAAAAUGUCUUGCUGGUCAUUGUGGAACACCAGAAAUGAUAGUCAAUGGACAAGUAAUUGGAGAAAAUUACGGUUACAGAGACACAAUUGUUUAUCAGUGCAAUCCUGGUUUUCGAUUGAUUGGGUCUUCGGUGCGAAUAUGCCAGCAAGAUCAUCAGUGGUCGGGUCAACUGCCUUCCUGUGUGCCUAUUAGCUGUGGCCAUCCUGGAAGCCCAAUUUAUGGACGGACAAGUGGAAGCGGUUUUAACUACAACGAUGUUGUUACAUUCUCUUGCAACACUGGAUAUGUCAUGCAAGGACCAACGCGGGCACAGUGCCAAGCCAACCGGCAAUGGAGUCAUCCUCCCCCCAUCUGCAAAGUGGUCAACUGUAGUGAUCCUGGAAUUCCAGAAAACUCCUUUCGGGAGAGCAAGAUAGAACACGGAAACUUCACUUACGGAACAGUGGUGUUUUACGAUUGUAGCCCAGGAUACUCGAUAUUUGGAUCACCCGUGCUAGUUUGUCAACCAAAUGGACACUGGGACAAAUCACUUCCAGAGUGUACUAUGAUUGACUGUGGCCAUCCUGGAGUACCUCCAAACGCAAUUCUUUCGGGAGAAAAGUUUACAUUUGGAUCUACAGUUCACUAUUCUUGCACAGGAAGGAGAACCUUAGUAGGCCAUUCUACAAGGACCUGUCAGUUAAAUGGUCAAUGGAGUGGAUCUUUACCUCACUGUUCAGGUGACACAUCGGGAUCAUGUGGAGAUCCUGGGAUCCCUUCUCAUGGUUCCAGGGAAGGUACAGAAUUCAAAACAAGGAGCACUAUGAGAUUUAGCUGCGAAGCAGGUUAUACACUUCAUGGCUCGGAGGAGAGAACAUGCCUAGGCAAUGGGACAUGGACGGGAAGACAACCGGAAUGUAAAGCCGUUCAGUGUGGGAAUCCUGGAACGACUGCGAAUGGAAGGGUCUUCCGAAUAGACGGAACCACGUUUCCUAGCUCAGUAAUAUACUCUUGUCUCGAUGGGUAUAUACUUUCGGGAUCUAACAUCAGGCAAUGUACUGCCAACGGAACAUGGUCGGGAGCUCUACCAAACUGUACAAUAAUCAGCUGUGGUGAUCCCGGUGUCCCCGCUAAUGGAAUCAGAUAUGGAGAAGACUACAUAGUUGGCCAAAAUGUAACCUAUGUAUGUCACCCAGGGUACACAAUGGACCCCAAAAGUUCAGUUACACGUAUGUGUACAAGUAAUGGUACAUGGAGUGGCUCCAUCCCAUCUUGCAAAGCUGUUACCUGCCUAGCUCCCCCCCAGCUGUCUAAUGGCCUGUUGGAGGGAACCAAUUUCGAUUGGGGAUUUAGCAUAAGUUACGUUUGCUCUCCGGGUUAUGAACUGUCCUUUCCUGCUGUGCUAACGUGUGUUGGGAAUGGAACAUGGAGCGGGGAAGUCCCACAAUGCUUACCUAAAUUUUGUGGCGAUCCUGGAAUACCUUCAAAUGGCAAAAGAGAAGGCAAAAGUUUCAUUUUCCAGUCAGAAGUAUCAUUCAUUUGCAGUCCGCCCUACAUUUUAGUUGGUUCGAGUACCAGAAUAUGUCAAGCAGAUGGCAGCUGGAGUGGCUCACCACCACGAUGUAUAGAACCAGCUUGGACAUCUUGUGAAAACCCAGGCACGCCUCGACAUGGCUACCAAAAUAACACAUAUGGCUAUCAGAUUGGAAAAACUGUGCAGUUUUCCUGCAAGAAAGGAUACUUACUGCAUGGAUCCACAAGUCGCACUUGUCUUCCUGAUCUCACAUGGAGCGGUAUCCCAACUGAAUGCAUUCCCCACAGUUGCAAACAACCAGAUUCUCCACUGCAUUCAAAUGUUGUUGGGAUGGAUCUUCCGUCACUUGGUUAUACAUUAAUUUACACUUGUCAGCCAGGAUAUAUCCUCUCAGGAGGUACAGAGCACAGAAUCUGCCAGCCAGACAACACCUGGAGUGGAAAAGUUCCAGUUUGCACAGCUGGAUCCAAGUCCUUUGAGAACAAAACUAAGCCUGUUUUGGGAACUCCAAGCCCUAAACUAAAUGUUCCAGAUGAUGUGUUUGCUCGCAAUCAUGUAUGGAAAGGUUUCUACAACCUCAAAGGAAAGAAUCAGCCAAUGAAUCUGACAAUUAACAGCUAUAAUAUGUCAACGGGAAGAUUAAAUGCUACACUUAUCAACAGCAACACGGAGUUCCUGCUUUCAGGAGUUUAUAAAAGUCAAGAAGCUCGCUUGAUACUACAUAUUUAUUCAAUGAAGUCAUCAUCAACCAAAGCGAAGGACGACAAGUGGGCGAUGGAUGGCUUUGUUUCAGCAGAACCCGAUGGAUCCACCUAUGUUUUUCAAGGGUCAAUUCAUGGAAAAGAUUAUGGACAAUUUGGUCUUCGAAGUAUAGGAAUGAACACGUCGCUUGAUAACUCCACAAAUGCGACACUCGGAACAAACAGCAGCUCGGUGGCUAUAGCUAUUCUGGUGCCUUUCUUUGCUCUAAUAUUUGCAGGUUUCGGAUUUUAUCUAUACAAACAAAGGACUGCACCCAAAACACAAUAUACAGGAUGCUCUGUUCAUGAAAACAACAAUGGCCAAGCAGCGUUUGAAAACCCAAUGUAUGACACCAAUGCAAAAUCCGUGGAAGGGAAAGCUGUGAGAUUUGACCCCAAUUUGAACACUGUCUGCACAAUGGUAUAAUGCUGGAAUACUUUGAAUCGGGAGCCUGGAAAUGAGACAUAAAGCAGAGUACUCUUUGGGUCACUGCUAUAAUUAAAGCACAUUUCGAAGAACAUUUGAAAUCACACUUUCAAGAAGAGAAGACGGCAAUGAGAGAAGUUUUAUGCCGAAGGGACUUAAAUUAUUCUUUAUGUGCGGCAUGAAGAGUAUUCCAGCUAAUUGCCUGCACUCUGUGAGUGCUGAAUUACACUUUAUUUUCUUUUUUUUAAAAAGGAGAUUUAUUCUAAAUUCAAAACUUAUUUGCAUAUAUCGGAGGAGCAUCCACUAUCAGUAUUUACUGUGCUUUAUAAACUAUAUUAGAUGAUCUGGGAAAACAAAAAAAAGAGAUAUAUGAUAGACAAUUACUAUACUUACUGGAGACAAAUAUGUUUAAUUGCAGGUAUAAGAGUUUUAUUUUCUUUGGUUUUGCACCAUAAAAAAUAUAGGCCCUUGUUGAUUUCCUUUUCAUGUGCGUCCAAAACUAAAAUCCAAAUGAUAACAGGUGUACUUAGUUUUAUUGUUAUUAUUUUAUAAAAAAAAAAACAUAAAAAAUAAUAGUUUGAAAC